AUGUCGGCAAAUUCGAGGAAAAACAAACGAGGUGACCGGGGUUCUAGCUCAGGUUCUGCUGAAAAUUCCGCCAAGAAGCCAAACAUGAAGGAAACCGAGGAAGAAGGUAUAUUCGGCGACGAGGACUCCUCUGAAGAAGAACCAACUCUGCUGGAAAUUAAACUGAUGCUGUCAUCUAUACAGUCCUCAAUUACGAGCAUCUCCAGUGAAAACGUCAAAUUUAGAGAAGACAUGGAGGAGCUAAAGAAGUCACUGAGAUCCAAUGAACGUGAACUCAAGGAGCUUAAAACGUCUCUUGAUAAGGCUAACAAGCAAAAUGCUCUACUUCAGAAAGAACUACUUGGGACUAAAACAAAACUAAACGAGCAGACGGAAAGGAUCGACUCGUUGAUUGAAUCGCUUGAUAACCUCGAGCAACAUUCGAGAAAAAAUUCCCUCGAAAUACAUGGUAUCCCGGAAAAUAUUUACACCUCAACGGAAGAAGUUGUUCUCAAGGUAGCUGAGGCUGUUAAUGUCCCUGUUGCUGCGGAGGACAUCGAAAUCUCUCACAAGCUAAGACGACGAAAUGGUAUGAAGCCUAUAAUCGUAAAAUUUUGUAGCCAUAAAGUUAAGUCUCGGCUAUAUAAAGAGCAAACUAAAUUGACGUCAGUAAAGAUAUCAGAUUUAUAUCCCGGUUAUGCCUCAGCAGCAACAAAGCAAAACCGUAUAUUUAUCAACGAAAACCUCACACCUUAUAGGGCAGACUUAGUAAGACAAGCGAAUGAUAUGAAGGCUGAUGGACUUUUAUCAAGUGUUUGGACACUAGACGGAAAGGUCUUUGUUAAAACUUCACCAUCAGGUAAUCCUGUUAGAAUUUACUCUGAAGAUGAUCUUGAUGAAUUAUAA